AUGAGCAGUAGUAGCAGUCCUGGUACUCGAAGUUUAUUCAAAACCAUGAGCAGUAGUAGUAACAGCGACACUGAUGAUGAUGAUCUAACAAGAGUGUUACCUGUACAACGCUCUAGGGCAAAUUCUGGUAACCGAUAUAGGUCAAGUUCUGCUGAUCUAAACAGGAGACGUGCUGAGAAAGUUAGAACAGUUUCUACUAGAGAAAAGAAAGAAGAGUCCAAACCGGAACCAGAAGAAGAGAAAGUUGGCGACAUCGUUCGUCUCGGACGGAACAGCUACUUUGUGGUUGACAUCUUCGAGAAGGAGAUCAUGGAGUUGGGAGAUAAGGUGGAUUUAAACUUCAAGAGGUUCAACAAGUUCGAAGCUGUUGAUGGAUGUUGUCCAUGGGAUCAUCACUUCGGCAAGUACAGGUGUUGUUACUCCUCUUGCUGCUGCGUAUGUUCAAUCAGUACCGUUGAGAGGGAGUGGGGGAAGCUGCAGAGAGAGUUAGAGAAGAGAGAUGGUUCUUCCAGUGGAGUCAGCUUCUUUGUUAGAACUUACAACGAAAGAAAAGAGCUGAUGAGAGUUGCUGUAACCGAUCCGAGUCACAGCUUGUUCUUCUUCGACGUUAAGUUCCCUGUAGACUAUCCACACCAAGCGCCGAGUCUCUUCUACCAUCCCUAUGGCCUUCCUUUGAGUAACUUUGAGACACAAAAGUUACUAAAAGCCAAACUUGAUUACAACAUAUUAGAUGUGUUUCUCCACAUUGAAGAGAUUGUGAUGAACAACACCAACAAGUCAUGUCAUCAGAUGCUGGAUACGCUCAAGCGUCCUCUCAAUGGGUUUGAGGAUUUUGUGAAAGGUCAUUUUAGGAAGAAGGGUGCUUUUAUUCUGAAGAACAUGAUUGAAGAGAUGGAUUUGGCAAAGGAGAGGGAUAGAAACAUGUUCUUCAAGACUUAUGUUGCCUUUGAAGACAAUAAAACUUACGGUGAGCAUCUUCUCAACAGUGAUCUUAAAGAAGAGCUGGAGAGGUACAAAGAGAAAGAGUGUUCUCUAAGUGAUCACUACUACUCUUCUUCAUCUUCCUACUUCCAACCCAUUACUAGCAGGUUUGAUGAUAUUCAGAAGACACCCAGAUACAAAAACUUCUUGAACAAGAUCUUUCUCUUGUAGUUUAUUUAGUUGUUUUAUAGGUUUUCUUUUGUGUGUUUUCUUUGAAUUUUUAAUAAUUUAUGAGUGACUCUCUCUUAGGAGAGUGUAUUCAUUUGAGAGUUGUGAUUUGGAAACAUUUUGAUUUUAGGGUGUUUAUUUUACUGAAACACUAUUUUUAGUGUGUUCUCAGAAGAUUUUAAGUGAAUUGAAUAGUUUAAUAUGACUUUUUUGCUAAGCAACUCUAAAAAUUUCAUCUAAAAUGAUGGGAUUUGGAUUUAUAUAUUUUUAGCUAAGAAACUUUAUCCAA